AUGUCUGGCUACAAAGUGUUCACUAUCGCUGGUGCAUCGGGGAAAUCGGGCAAGGCCGUCCUCGACGAACUCCUGCGCGAGUUCACCAUCCACUUUCCCCUUCUGGAAUUGAACCUCAGCUCGGGCAAGUCCGUUAUCUACGGCACGGGCGAAACCCCGAAUUCGUGGACGACCAUCCCUGACGUCGCCCGAUACGCAGUCUACGUACUGACUCGCCUCCCGCCGUCUAAGUUGCACAACCGAGUGUUCCACAUCGAAGGCGACCGGAAAACGUUCAACGAGAUCGUGCGGUUGUACAGAGCCAAGCACCCUGCGGAGUAUCAGGUGACGUACAAGCCUGUUGAUGCACUCGAGGAGCUUGUGCAGAAGAGUGAGGGCAAGGACUUCUUUCACGCGCUGAUGAUUGAGUACGCCACUGGCCGAGUUGCGCACGAUCCGGCCAGGUUGGACAACGCCGAGUAUCCGGGGUGGAACCCUAAACAGGUUGCGGAUCUACUGUGA